AUGUACCAACUUUCCCCCGACAAAAGGAAUACCUUGGAAAAGGACAAUGACAUUCAACACAUGGUCUCUCUCGGUUUGCGGUUCAACAUCACCACAACCGCAAAGGGAAAUAUCUUUUAUUAUGAGCGUGGGCUGUGGGAUAUAAUGAACGGAAAGCCCAUUCUUGUUUUGCUUCAUGGCUAUCCCCAAACAAGCUUUAUGCACUCACGUGCCUUCCACGAGAUAUCCCGCUUUUCAUCCCAGACGUACCAGGCUACGGUCGGUCAUCACCCCUCCGAAGCCGCCCCCACGACAAACGAAGCGUCGUUUCUCCUGCUACGUUCGAAUAACCGUCCACGCAAGCAUCUUCGCCUGAAGCAUGCAGAUAUAAGGCCUAUAAUGAUCGCUGGCCAUGACCAAGGAGCCCGGAUUUGUCAUCGUCUUGCCGUCGACCAAGCCGACUACCCUGCCUUUUCCUUCAAAGGAGCAAUCUUAAUGGACAUCAUCCCGACUGCCAUACAGUGGGGGUCCUUUGUGGUGGCAGAAACAUCUGUAGCAUCGUUCAAUUGGCCAUUCCUGGCUAACGUGGAUGUCGCAACGGAAAUGAUCAUGGCACAAGGUGGCGACGCCUUUGUGAGAAUGUGUCUCAACCGCUGGGUUGGAACCCGCAAGCAGGGACUUGCCAUGUUCAAGAGCAACGAUUCGAUCGAUAUCUAUGCAAACUCUUUCAAAUCCGAGUCCGUCAUUAGAGCUACCUGUGAUGAGUUCAGAGCCGGUGCUCAAGAAGAUAUCCGACUUCAAUACGAAGACCAGAGAGCAGGCAGGAAAAUGGAUAUCGAUGUCUUUAUCUUGUACACCAUGAAAUGGGUCGACGAAAACAUAUGGAUGGGCAAAGUCUGGCAGGAAUGGAUGGGAAAGGGUCAACUAAUCGGUAGAAACUUUUCGGGUGGCACUGGUCAUUUUAUCGCUGAAGAGGCCCCGGAGGAGGCAGCAUGGGUAAUCCUGAGAUUUUACAACGAUUGCAGCUGA